AUGGCGGCGACAGAUUCGUCCUCAAACUUCCUCUUGGAGAAACUCAAGUCUUUGAAUGUCGCAGAUAUACCAAAAUUCCCUAAUUGUCAUCCUGAUGUCAACAUUGUCGAUUUCUAUCGAGCUCACAUUACCACUACCCUAUCCGAGAUCACUGGUGUAGAUUCUGCCAUUAUUUACCCUGCAUUGGCAUGGACGAAUACUUUGGACAAAGGUGAUUUGGUCUUACCUGUGCCAGCUCUGCGAGUCAAGGGUAAAAAGCCCACUGAAUUGGCAGAGGAAUGGGCCGCAAAGUAUUCUGAAUCUGCUCUCGUUCAUAAACCUACCACCAAUGGCGUCUACAUGCAAUUUUUCUUCAAAGCCGACAGACUUAACGAACUCCUCAUUCCUACCAUCAUCCAACAAAAGACAAGCUUUGGACAAAACAAGUAUCUCGGUCUCGUAGACCCUGAAGAUCCAUCAAAAGGGCAAAAGAAAAUAGUUAUUGAGUUCUCGUCCCCGAAUAUCGCAAAGCCUUUCCAUGCAGGUCAUCUUCGAAGUACAAUCAUUGGAGGUUUCUUGUCGAAUCUUUACGCAGCAGUAGGAUGGGAUGUUACUCGAGUUAACUAUCUUGGUGAUUGGGGUAAACAAUAUGGUUUGUUGGCUUUAGGAUUCGACAGAUAUGGAGACGAAGAAGCUUUGAAAGCAGACCCUAUCAACCAUCUUUUCCACAUCUACGUCAAAAUCAACACUGAUGUGAAAGCCGAGACUGAUCAGAUGGCGGCAUUGGAGGCAGAAGGAAAAACAGAUGAAGCGUUGCAUAUCAAGAACGAAGGUCUGGACGAACAAGCUCGUCGAUACUUUAAAGCAAUGACGGAGAAUGACGAAAAGGCGAUUGCGCAAUGGGCUCGAUUCCGUGAACUCAGUAUUAAGAGAUAUAAGGAGACAUAUGCAAGAUUGAACAUCCAUUUUGAUGAUUACUCUGGAGAAUCUCAAGUAAAGGCAGAGCAAAUGGAAGAGACCGGAAAGAAAAUGGAGGAAAUGAAGAUUGCCGAAGAAUCGCAAGGAGCUAUGAUAGUCGAUUUCACCAAACACGUUCCUGGGAAGAUCGGUAAAGGUCUUGGAAAAGCAAUUGUUAAGAGAACAGAUGGAACAGCACUUUAUCUUACUCGAGAUAUUAGUGAAUUGUUACAACGAAAAGAAAAGUAUGAUUUUGACCAAAUGAUCUAUGUUGUCGCUACCGAUCAAGAGUUGCAUCUACAACAAUUAUUCAAGAUUAUUGAGCUUUUGGGUUACAAAGAACUCCGAGCUAAAUGUCAACACAUCAAUUUUGGGUUAGUUCAGGGGAUGAGUACCCGUCGUGGUACUGUCAAGUUUUUGGAUGACAUCUUGAGAGAUGUUGCAGAAAAGAUGCAUGAAGUUAUGCAAAAGAAUGAGGUAAAAUACGAACAAAUUGCCGAUCCAUUAGCUACUUCCGAUAUUCUCGGCAUCAGCUCCGUCAUGGUACAAGAUAUGAGUGGUAAACGUGUUAACGGCUACACCUUCAAUAUGGAUACCAUGACAUCCUUCGAAGGAGACACUGGUCCAUACCUCCAAUACGCCCAUGCUCGUCUAUGUUCCAUCACCCGCAAAGCAUCUCUUACUCCAGAAGAAAUCGCUUCAGCUGAUCUCUCCCUCCUAACCGAAAUCCACGCACAAAAUCUCAUUAGAACCCUCUCACAAUAUCCAGAUGUCGUCCAAAACACCAUCAAGACCUUAGAACCAACAACUAUCCUCACGUAUUUGUUCAAAAUGACUCAUGUUCUGAGCAGCAGUUACGAUCAUCUCAGAAUUAUGGGUAGUGAGAGGGAGGUGAUGAAGGCGAGAAUGGCACUUUAUGAUGCCGCUAGAGUGGUACUUUGGAAUGGUAUGAGGAUUUUAGGAUUAAGUCCUGUGGAGAGAAUGUAA